AUGCGUCUCUCCUGGGGUGCAUCUCUUGCCCUGGCAGCGUCAGCGAGCGCCAAGUCCCUCACUGAUGUCUGCACGGUUUCCAACGUCCGCUCUGCCCUGCCCUCCAAUGGCACUCUUCUGGGAAUUGACAUGAUUCCUUCCGCCGUCACCGCCGCCGCCGUAUACAAUGCCAGCGCAGGAAUGGGUAGCACCGAAACCUACACCUACUGCAACGUGACCGUCACCUACGAACACACCGGCAAGGGAGACUCCGUCGUGAUCAAGUAUGCCUUCCCCCAGCCUUCCGACUUCAAGAAGCGCUUCUACGUUGCUGGCGGCGGUGGCUUCUCCUUGUCCAGCGAUGCAACCGGUGGUCUCGAGUAUGGUGCCGUCGGCGGUGCCACCAGCGCUGGCUACGAUGCCUUCGACAACAGCUACGACGACGUGGUCCUUUACGGAAACGGAACUAUCAACUGGGACGCCACCUACAUGUUCUCCUACCAGGCACUGGGUGAGAUGACCAAGAUUGGUAAGGUUCUCACCCGCGGUUUCUACGGCAUGUCCUCUUCCGCCAAAGUCUACACCUACUACGAGGGCUGCUCCGAUGGUGGACGCGAGGGCAUGAGCCAGGUCCAGCGCUACGGAGACGAGUACGACGGUGCCAUCACUGGUGCUCCGGCCUUCCGCUUCGCUCAGCAGCAAGUCCACCACGUCUUCCCGGCUACCGUCGAGCAGACCAUGGACUACUACCCACCCCCCUGCGAGCUGGCCAAGAUUGUCAACGCCACCAUCGCAGCCUGUGACCCUCUCGACGGCCGAACAGACGGUGUCAUCUCCCGUACCGAUCUCUGCAAGCUACACUUCAACCUCACUUCCAUCAUCGGCGAAAAGUACCACUGUGACGCCGAGACCAGCACAUCCCUCGGCUUCGGCUUCAGCAAGCGCGCCGCAGGAAGCAGCACCUCCUACCAGCCCGCCCAGAACGGCAGAGUCACCGCCAAGGGUGUGAAGGUUGCCCAAGCCAUCUACGAUGGUCUGCACAACUCCAAGGGCGAGCGCGCCUAUCUCUCCUGGCAAAUCGGCUCCGAGCUCAGCGACGGCGAUACUCAGUGGAACAACGACACCAGCAAGUGGGAGCUCCAAAUCCCCUCCACUGGCGGCGAGUACGUGACGAAGUUCGUUCAGCUCCUCGAUCUCGAUAACCUCUCCGACCUCAACAAUGUCACCUACGACACCCUGGUCGACUGGAUGACCACCGGUAUGGUGCGCUACAUGGACAGUCUGCAGACCACUCUGCCCGACCUGACCACCUUCCAAUCCAGCGGUGGUAAGCUCCUGCACUACCACGGCGAGUCGGACCCCAGUAUCCCCGCUCCUUCCUCGGUGCACUACUGGCAAUCCGUCCGGGCUAUCAUGUACCCCCAUCUUUCUUCGGAGCAGAGCCUUAAGAAAUUGGCCGAGUGGUACCAAUUCUACCUGAUCCCUGGCGCGGCGCACUGUGGAACCAACUCCCUCCAGCCUGGCCCGUACCCAGAGGACAACAUGCAGACCAUGAUCGACUGGGUUGAGAAUGGUGUUCAGCCCUCGCGUCUCAAUGCUACCGUCUCUUCUGGUGAUUACGAGGGUGAGACCCAGAUGCUUUGCCAGUGGCCUACUCGUCCUCUCUGGAAGAGCAACAGCACCUUUGACUGUGUUAAUGACAAGGCUUCCAUUGACAGCUGGACUUACGACUUCCCCGCUUUCAAGUUGCCCGUCUACUAA